UAUCUGCUAGUUCAAAUAAACCGAAUAAAUUUCAAAGUUGCACCUGUGCCACGAGUCCAUAAAAAUGAAAAAUCAUUAUAGUUAAUGUUGAAUCUAACAUGUUGGAGGAUAUCUCUGCUAUAUGGAGGUUAUGAUUACACUAAUAACCACUGUGUGAAUAACAAUAUUGACAAAAUAAUAUUUGGGAAGGGGACACAACUCUAUGUUGAAGCAAACGAGCCAAAAGAACCAGACUACUACAAACUUGGAGAAUCAUGUCUGGCAACUGACUUCACGAACCAUUCAGAAGUAAAAUUCGGCAGUGUUACACCAGUGCGAUAUACAGGCAAAACGUAUGAAAAGUUCUACAGCAGCUUUGCCUUUAAAGUUGGAGAGGAUGCCUGCGAUGAAAAAGAUGGCUGUAAAGGUGGAUCAUCCGGUCAAAGUGAUAUGGAAUUCGAUGAAAAAAUCAACUUCAUGUCACUGGGGCUCUUUUGGCUAAGAAUUCUCCUUCUGAAGACUGUUGUGUUCAACAUCCUGAUGACUUUCAAAGCGUGGAUGAGCUAACGUCUCACAAAUCCAACAGUCGUUCUUCAUCGGUUGGAUUUAUCACAGUUCCUUCACCGAAGACAGAAAAAGUUCACAUUUGACCACAUUCGAGAGCCGUUAGAUAUGCACCGUUGUUGUUAAAUGUUGAUCAAGGGAUUAUGUAACCUCCCUCAGUUAUGCUAUAGUGCUUAUGGUUUUAAGAAUAAUAUACUGUAUACACAUUUGAAUGUAAUGUGUUUAUAUGCUUUUACUGUAUAAUAUGGGCUCAACUAUUCUAGGUUAGGAUACAAUAGAAGUGUAUGCCGCUAUUUAGUCGUUUCUAAUUUAGCAACUUAGACUUAGUUCAUGUUUAAUUUCUUCUUUAAUUUCUAUGUUUAUUACCAAUAUUUUGUAAAACUUAUUUUUAAAUGACUUUGAAGCUGAAGAAUUCUGUCUAUAUAGCUUUCAUUUUUUGCAACAUAUUAUUUACAUCCACAAUUAAGUUGAAUUGUGCUUCCUUCUACAAUGGCAAACUUUCAGUUAGUAAUGACUGUAUUGUGCAAAUCAUAUAAAAAUAAAAUGCAUAAAUGAUCAA